UCGGAAACAAACAGAAACAAACGAACGAAAAAAAAAAAAACCGCGAAAUUCGCGCGCAAUUUUUUUUUUUUUUUUUUUUGCCUUUUUGUCCCUCCUUUCUCUGAACAGUCGCGUUGCAAACAAAACCAAGCACUCAAAGCAGAAUGGCGCCUAUUGCAAGCAAGCCUGAUCCAAGCCGAGGGACGCCGAUGGCCAUGGCCGCACUCAGGCGACGAGAGCAGAAGCAGGAGAGCAGCGACCCGUCAUCACCACCGAGCAAUGGUGCACCCGCUGCAGCCACGCCAGCUGCCGCCGAGACGGACGUGCUUGUUGCAGCGUGGGACUGGAUUACGCGCAAUGUUGCGCUGGCUACGGCACUGAAGGCAGUGCUGUGGGUUUUGCUUCUGCUGAUCUUUGCCGAGCUCGAGUUUGGCACCGUGUUUGUCAUUCUGUCCACGCCGUGGCUGAUCUUCACCAACCUGGGCUCGGGCGAGUCGGCUGCCGAACGACGGAGACGCGAUCCGCAUGCAAAGAGCGCGUACUCGGUGUUUAACAAGAACUGCGAGCCGCUGCAAGGCGAACUCAGAGCGGAGCAGCUCGAUGCUGCGCUGCGGCAAGGCCGGAUGAUGUGAGACACGGAACCAACGCUGCAUGGAGCAGCUUCUCAGGACGAGAAGCUGCGCUUCCUGCUUGUGAGAAGAGCGUUGUUGUUCAGCGCGGAACACGGCUCGAUGCUGCUCAAAUGAAGGGUCGCAAGCCUGCUGUAUCGCGCAGUUCUCCCGCUCUCUCGCUCAGAAACACAAGGAUAAGCUUCCUCUGUUUGUGAGAAGUGAGUCGCAGAGUGCAUUGUGUGUGUGGAUGGGUGAGUUGCACAAGCCUGUUGCGCUGGGUGUACUGUACAAUAGAAUGUCAAUGGUUUGAGCUGCUCC